UCGAGACCUCAGUUCUCACCACUAAGGUAGCUCUGAUGUCCAAUAUUAUUACGUCCCGUCCCAGAGUCAUGAUGCUCAUCUGGGACCCCACUUAGCCUGGCCGGAGCUGAGAACGUCUUAAAGCUUCGUGCCCCUCCCCGCAACAUAUACGUAGCUCUUUCUCGCAUCAAGCUCCUCUGACUUUGUUCCACCUAAAACAUAACGCUACUUCCCUUCAAAUCCUCAUUGGAAACCUCUACAGAAGACCAAAAUGCCGGAACAACAAAAGUGGACGAGAACUGUCCUCAAAGAGGGUGAUAAGCAGAAUUUUCCUAAGAAGGGUGACCUCGUCAGCAUCCACUACACAGGAUGUCUGUACGACCCAUCGAAGGAACAUAACAUGGGAAAGCAAUUUGAUAGCUCUGAAAACCCAGAAGCAAACAGGGGACCUCUCAGCACCCGUAUUGGGGUGAAAAAUGUGAUCCAAGGUUGGGAUGAAGGAGUUUUGGAGAUGAGUCUCGGGGAGCAGAGCAUCUUGACCAUUCCUGGACCAUAUGCAUAUGGUGACAGGUAUGUUUAA